CUCGCUUCUCUUGCUGGGAUUGGUGUUUUUGGGUACGCUGUGAUUGUGAGUUGCCCAAUUCUGUCUCAUUUGCUUCGCUGACUCUGCCGUGGAGACACGUGGGUGGUUUUGUGUAGAUCCUGUGAUGGCUGAGAACGUCUUGGUGAUCGGCAGCGGUGCCCGAGAGCACGCUCUGGCAUGGAAGCUGGCACAGUCUGCCCACGUCAAGCAAGUAUCGGUGGCCCCGGGGAAUGCCGGCACGGCCAACUGCGGGAAAAUCUCAAAUACCGAUGCACCAGUCGGUGAUCACACGAAGCUUGUUAAAUUCUGCAAGGACAAUGCCUUUUCCCUCGUGGUGGUCGGCCCCGAGGCUCCCCUUGCGGCAGGGCUUGUUGAUGAUCUGACCGCAGCAGGCGUCCGGUGUUUUGGACCCACUGCGAAAGCAGCCCGGCUGGAGUCCAGUAAAAGUUUUGCCAAAGAUUUCAUGGACCGGCACGGCAUCCCAACAGCUCGUUGGAAAUCGUUUACCAGCGCGGAGGAAGCCUGCGCUUUCAUUACGAGUGCGGAUUUCCCUGCUUUGGUCGUGAAAGCUAGUGGUCUGGCAGCCGGGAAAGGAGUGAUUGUAGCCACUAGCAAGGAAGAAGCCUGCAAAGCUGUGAAUGAAAUCAUGACGGAUAAAGCGUUUGGCGAUGCUGGCGACACAGUUGUCGUUGAAGAAUUGUUGGAGGGUGAAGAAGUGUCGUGUUUAUGUUUUAGUGAUGGGGUCACAGUUGCCCCAAUGCCUCCAGCCCAAGAUCAUAAGAGACUGAUGGAUGGAGACCAAGGUCCUAACACCGGAGGGAUGGGAGCCUAUUGUCCAGCACCUCAGAUUUCCAAGGAAUUACUGGAGAAAAUCCGCGACUCUGUUUUGCAGAAAACUGUUAAUGGAAUUCGGGAAGAGGGAUCUCCUUAUAUCGGUGUUUUGUACGCCGGACUCAUGCUCACCAAGGACGGCCCAAAGGUUCUGGAGUUUAACUGUAGAUUUGGGGACCCGGAAUGUCAGGUCAUCCUUCCCCUGCUUAAGAGUGAUCUGUACAAAGUUAUCCAGACUACCAUCGAUGGUCAGCUGUCUAGUUCCAUGCCUGUAUGGCUUGAAGACCAUGCCGCUGUCACUGUUGUUAUGGCCAGUGGUGGCUAUCCUGGCAGCUAUCCCAAGGGCUUGGAGAUUACUGGGCUCGAGAAAGCCAAAGACCUCGGUUUGGAGGUGUUCCACGCUGGCACCACCUUGAAGGACGGAAAAGUAGUUAGCAGCGGAGGAAGAGUUCUCACCGUCACUUCUAUUAAGAAAGACCUGGUGUCGGCUUUGGAGGAAGCCAACAAAGGCGUGCCUGCCAUAGAGUUCCCCGGAGCCGUGUAUCGCAAAGAUAUUGGUUUCCGUGCCAUUGCUUAUCUCAAGCAACCCAGGUCCCUGACAUAUAAAGAUAGCGGGGUGGAUAUUGAAGCUGGAAAUACAUUGGUCCAAAAAAUUAAACCGUUUGCGGCAUCCACGGCAAGGUCUGGCUGUAACGCGGAGCUUGGGGGUUUUGCGGGGCUUUUUGACCUGAAAGCUGCAGGAUACACGGAUCCCAUCCUUGUGUCGGGGACAGACGGCGUUGGAACCAAACUUAAGAUCGCACACGCAUGUAACAAACAUGACACCAUCGGCCAGGACCUGGUAGCCAUGUGUGUCAAUGAUAUCCUGGCCCAGGGAGCCGAACCCCUCUUUUUCCUGGAUUAUUUUGCAUGUGGCGCGUUAGACGUAGCGGUGGCUGAGUCGGUGGUCGCCGGUAUAGCGAACGCGUGCAGAAUGGCUGGAUGUGCCCUGCUAGGAGGAGAAACGGCCGAGAUGCCUGGUAUGUAUUCCCCCGGGGAGUACGACCUGGCUGGGUUUGCGGUCGGAGCUGUCGAACGUGGACACAUGCUGCCGCGCAUGGACAGUAUCGGCACCGGGGACGUGGUUAUUGGUAUCGCUUCUUCUGGGGUUCACAGUAAUGGCUUCAGCCUCGUGAGGAAGAUUCUAGACAAGCAAUCCUUGGAUUUCUCCUCUCCCGCGCCCUCGUUCUGUGGCGGACAGACGUUUGGCGAGCUUCUGCUGACCCCAACUAAGAUCUACAGUAAGACUCUGCUGCCUGUCCUGCGGUCGGGGAACGUGAAGGCUUACGCUCAUAUCACUGGGGGAGGUCUGCUGGAAAACAUCCCCAGGGUUCUUCCUCCAUCAUUUGGAGUCAGUCUGGAUGCCCUUUGCUGGAAGAUACCUGGCAUCUUCUCCUGGCUUCAGGUACAUGGAGGACUCUCUGAGCAGGAGAUGGUCCGCACCUUUAACUGCGGGAUCGGAGCCGUCCUGGUAGUAGACAGUGACCUGGCUGAGAAAGUCCUGAAAGACGUUCGGAGCAGCGAGGAAGCCUGGAUCAUCGGGACGGUGACUCCAAGCCCCACGGCCUCUGGCGGCGUUGAAAUAAAGAACCUAAUGGACGCGCUUCGCCGGACAGAUCCUGAGCCAGAGGGCUAUACCUCGGAGCGGAGCCCUGCUCUCCAGAACGCCGUGCCGGAGGGCAAAGUCAGGGUGGCCGUCCUCAUUUCUGGUUCCGGUACGAAUCUCGAGGCUUUAAUAAAGAGCUCACAGUCUCCGGGCAGUGCCGCUACCAUUGUUCUGGUGAUCUCCAACAAAGCUGGGGUGGGAGGACUGAAGAAAGCUGAAGCUGCUGGAAUCCCUACGGUGGUGAUUGAUCACAAGCAGUACAGCAGCCGCCAGGAGUUUGACGGCGCUGUUGAUAAGGUCCUGGAGGAAUACUCCGUUCAGCUCGUCUGCCUUGCAGGGUUCAUGAGAAUUUUGUCCGGCCCAUUUGUCAGGAAAUGGAAUGGGAAGAUUCUUAACAUCCACCCGUCCUUGUUGCCGUCCUUUAAAGGGGCGCAUGCUCACAAACUGGUGCUCGAGGCUCGUGUGAGGGUCACGGGCUGCACUGUGCACUUUGUAGCCGAGGAGGUGGAUGCUGGAGCCAUUGUUUAUCAGGAAGCUGUCCCGGUGGAGCUGGACGACACAGAGGAGACUUUGUCUGAAAGGGUUAAGAAGGUCGAGCACAGAGCUUUCCCUGCUGCUCUUCAGCUGGUGGCGAGCGGAGCGGUGACGCUGGGAGCCGAUGGCAAGCUCUGCUGGAGCGCACACAAGAAAACCUAAGUAUCGUCAUGGGCAGAGUUUUACCUUCGAUACGGCUUCCUAUCAGCUGCGCGUUCUGUAAUCCUAUCAAAAAGAAGACAUCACGAUUCCCCAAUAUCCUCCUGUUUACACAUACAUGUCAAUGACAGCGAUUGAGCAGUACUUUAACCCCUUUGUGACAAAGCCCGUACAUCUACAGGCUCACAAUGCAUUGCCAUUAAUGGCUUUAAGGACAACUGUUGUCCUUAAGGGGUUAACGCUGUUUUCCCACCUGCUACCUUGUAAUGAAAACUCUACAAACAAAAAGUUUCUCGUAGUGCAUCUGUUACAAAAUAUUUAACACAUUCC